GAUUCUUGGGUUUCAUUUGCUGUAACCCAUAAUUGGCAACAAUAAAAGAAAUGAACGCUUAGAAUAGAACACCCUGUGUGUAAUAUAUGCGUUUCAAAUUUUAAGCUGUAUUACUGAAAUAAAGUAAAACUAAAGUAAAGUAUAUAUAAAAGAAUGAGAGAAGCGUUUAUGUGCAGUGUUACGUGUACUGUUAUAUGUAGUGUUAUGUGUACUGUUAUUUGUAGUGUUUAGCCCCGCCCACUUGUUUCACUCUGGAUCUCUACAGGAAGACAGCAGCAAAGGGCAGGAGCUCUUAGCCCCGCCCACAACUCUACACUACAGCACAGCAGCUGAUCUGCAGCAGCUGCUCGGGUUUAGUCUCAGCUCGGGUAUAUUUUACAGCUUCUCUUUCUCUGAAGCUGUUCAUGAAGCGAGUCCGAGUCUCAGCAGUGCCGCGGUGACCCUCAGUCUGUGUGGGAGAGUUAGUUAUUACCCUGAGAGAAUGAGGAAAUGACGGAGCUGUCUGCAGUAUCUGCUGCUGCUGUUUCCUCCUCCAUUUUAGCUCUCCUCUCUCAGACUACAGCUGAAUCUGAUAAACUAUGGAUGAUUUAGGGGACUGCACAGGGGACUGGGGUGUUUCCAGCUGUUCGGACUGGAUGUCACAGCUGCCUGCGCAGCUCCACGCUGCUGCUCUGUGGGAUCUCGCCAUCCCUGGCAGUCAUGAUACCAUGACCUACUGCCUGGACCAGCAUUCUUCAGUUCUGCAGUCCCAGCCCAGGAUCCUGAAAGUGCUGGACCACAUUGUGCCCUGUAUCAUCCGCCCCUGUGUGAACAACUGGGGCACCACUCAGGAGCUGAUUAUUUCCACCCAACUGGAUUCAGGAAUUCGAUUUCUCGACCUCAGGAUUGCUCACAAGGCCAAUGAUUUUGAUCAAAACUUUUACUUUGCUCAUGGGAUAUACUCUUUGGUGACUGUGAAGGAGGCCCUCACUGACGUAAGCCUCUGGUUAGAACAGCAUGCUAAGGAAGUGGUCAUGAUUGCUCUCUCUGCCUUUGAAGGAGUAAAUCCAACCCAGCACAGAAAACUCAUUGACUUUCUCAAAAGCCUAUUCGAGAAGAAACUCUGCCCCAAAACAGAAGAACCUACACUGAAGAAGUGCUGGACUCGAGGCUAUCAGGUUAUUCUCUCGUAUGCUGACCCGUCUGGCUCUGGUCAUAGGGAACUGUGGCCAGCCUGGGAUUAUUGGUGGGCCAACGACUCGGACCCCAGUAUGGUUAUUUCGUACCUGGAGGACAGGAAAGAGAAUGAGGGAAGACCAGGUUGUUUCUUUGUAGCUGGUCUAAACCUCACGGAAGAUACCAGGUAUGUCCUUCGCCAUCUCGGGCAGUCUAUGAAGACCAUGACCCUCAGGGCCUACAGUCUGCUGAUGGACUGGGUCAAACAGCAGCGCCCCGGCUGCCAGAAAACGUGCUUCAAUGUCAUCUGUGCAGACUUUGUUGGGAUCUCAAGAAAUGAAUUUACUCAGCUGGUUAUUGGACUCAAUGCAAAACUCUUUUAAGAAGAGCCCUCAGGGAAGUUUACAGCAGUCUGCCCAUUGAUGAUUUAAUGUCUGUAGCCUACACUGUUGAGUUAAUGGACACAAAAGAAAAAAUCAACAAAUAACCACAUUUUAACCACUUUUCCCCUUUUGGGAAAAUCAUUAAUAUAUCAUUGUUUUACCUCUUUUUUUUAAUUUAGACAUUUUUUUUUACAUUUAGAAAGACAAUGUUGUUCAUUUAGGGUGUUUUCACAUCUGUCCUGAGUCCACACUUAUGACAGAUUCUGUGCUUGUUUGAUGGAGGGGCUGUUUGUCACUGAUUUGUUUUCACGCACAAAAAAUCGGGACCGUGGAUUCAUUGGGCAGUUACAUGCUUUAAUUUUCUGUGUGUAGUUUCUCAAAAGCUUUGGACAAGUGUUUGCACUGGUUUCAGGAGAACUACAAAUCAGUACUCAUUACUCCCGGGUUCAAAAGCAACUUUCAUGCUCAACCAAACUCUAUUUAAGUGCCUUUAACUUUAUCCAAAUAAAAAUAGCUAACAAAAGCUAAAUAAGGUGGUUAAUACAGUGGUAUGAAAAGGUUUGGGCACCACUGAUCAUUUUUAUGAUUUUCCUUUAUAAAUCAUUGGUUGAUGGAGCAGCAAUUUCAGUUAAAUUUAUCAUAUAGCAGAUCCACACAGUGAUAUUUGAGAAGUGAAAUGAAGUUUAUAGGAAUUAUUUAAAUAAUUAUUUAAACAAAAUUAGGCAGGUGCAUACAUUCGGGCACCCUCAAUUUUUAGAAGAUACUCCUUUUGCAGAAAUAACAGCUUCUAAAUGCUCCCUAUAGUUUCCAAUGAUUCUGGUUGAAGGUAUUUUGAACCAUUCUUCUUUACAAAAUAUCUCCAGUUCAGACAGGUGUGAUGGCUCGCUUUAAAUCACACCACAGAUUUUCUAUAAUAUUCGGGUCUGGGGACUGAAAUGGUAAUUCCAGAAGGUUGUACUUGUUCCUCUGCAUUAAUGCUUUAGUAGAUUUUGAGCAAUGUUAAGGGUCGUUGUCUUGUUGAAGUAUCCAGCUCUGGCACAACUUCAACUUUGUCACUAAUUUUCAAACAUUGUUCGCAAUACUGAUACUGACUGGAGUUCAUGUGAUCCUUAACUGUGGUGUGUGCACAGAAAAGACUUCUUCUGCAUUACUCUCCCACACAGCCUCUCCUUGUGUUCUGUGUUCUUUUGAUAUAUGAUAGAUUUAACUGAAGUUGCUGAUCUGAACAACCAAUGAUUUAUGAAGGAAAAUUAAAAGGGGUGCCCAAACUUCUUUAUACCACUGUAUAUGUUUUUUCAUAGAAAGGGCACUAAAACUGGUUUCAGUUAGAUUUAAGGUCUUUACUCUGUGUACUGUCAUUUUAUGACUGUCACUUUUUUCAGUGAAAACACCUCUUGAAUUCACCUAAGAUGGAUUUCAAUGACAAAGGACAGUGCUUCCUCUUUCAGUCACAAGACUUUUGAGAGAUAAAAGCACCAGUCAGUUUAUGAGCUGGCAGGAACACUGUUGCACAGCAGACAGUUUACUGACUAAGCUUGUUAGGGGAUAAAUAUAUAUAUAUAUAUAUAUAUAUAUAUAUAUAUAUAUAUCAAUACAAUGUGCCUUAUAUGUUAAUCUGGAUAGUUGUUUAAAUUUCAUACAAACACUGUGUAACAAUACAGAUUACAAGAUUUACUCUGAAUGAUUACAAAUACAGAUAAAAUUUAACCGUCACUUUAAAUAACUUUUUGCACAUUUUAUAUAGUUUUCUUUUUUUAUAGUGUUUUUAAGCCUUAUGCCAUGUCCCUUUAAGAAUAGAAACCUUUGACAUCAGUGACAUUACAACCGUCACACUGUUUUAUUUUAAGGAAGUUAAACAGACACUUUAAUGCGGUCUGCCAUGAAUAGGUGCACUCAUUUAUAACAAAAAAAAUGAAAAUGGAAAUAAUGUGAAAAUAUGUAGUCUGAAUAAAUGUGAUCGAAAGUUAUGAUAGACCAAAAAGCACAGUAGUAAUGACCCUAGGACUGUUUGCACUGUUAAGUUUCUAAAUCUGGGAUUUGUAUGUUUACAGAUUUCUAUCUGGGCCAUUCCAUCAAAUGGGUGUCAUUUGCUUGUUGUAACUCUUUCAAAUCAAACUUUUUUUUUUUA